AUGCCACCACAAGUAUCGUAUUGCCAAUCUUCCGCCUCCCACAAAACUCUGUUGCUCUCACCAAAUUCGCGUCUUAAGCAGAUUCUGCGUCAAAAGUAUCGACAAAAUAGAAUGAAAUUCACAAAAAAGAAGCUAAUCCCACUUCUUGUUUUCAUUUUAUUCGGUGCUUCAAUCUUCAGAUUUCUCAAUAUAAGUAUGAUCAGAAGCACUAUUAAUUCUCCCAUCCACCACCUCGAUUGUUCUUCUUCGUCUUCUUCGGUCUGUGCACAGAAUAUCCAAGAUCAAGAUCCCUCCGAAAGCAACCGCCCAACAGAUAAGGAAAUGCAGUUUCUCUUGGAAUUCUUCCGCAGCACGGUCCCCUGCAAUCUGCUCGUUUUCGGACACGAGUACAAGUACUCGAGUUUAGCAUCACUCAACCAUGGUGGGACCACCCUCUUCAUCGAGGACAUUCUACAAAAAACGACCACAAUAAAAAUCGCCAUUAACAAUAAUAAUACGCGAGUUCGCAGAAUCACGUACAACACAUUAGCAUCCAACGCUUACCAGCUGCUCAGAGAAGCGAGGGAGAAUCCUGACUGCCGGCCGAGUUUGUCUUCUGAUGAUGACUUGGCGAAGUGCCAGCUGGUGCUGACAAACCUGCCUCGGGAAGUGUACGGUACGGUGUGGGAUAUGGUGGUGGUGGACGGGCCAAGUGGGGCCCGGCCCGAUUCACCUGGUAGGAUGGGCUCCAUCUACACGGCGGGCGUUUUGGCAAGAAGGGGAAACACGAGCCAUGUUAUAGUGCACGAUGUUGAUCGGACGGUGGAGAAGUGGUACUCGUGGGAGUACUUGUGCGAGGAGAAUCUUGUCGCUUCCAAAGGCAGAUUCUGGCAUUUUCGGAUACCUGGAGCAACUAAUAACACAACCACGUUUUGCACAACGUAG